CGGCUGGCCGCGCUUCCUUAAAUGCCAAGGGGCCGGCUCCCCAGCCAAGCGGCGGGGCGAGGUCCCCACGUGUCACCCUCUGAGGGGGCUCACGGGGUGGAAGGAGAUAACGAGUCCGGCAGCCGCACUUAUGAGCAGCUUGGCAGAGGGACACGACUGCUGCGGAGGCCUCGGCAAUAUCGACUUCAGGCAGGCAGAUCUCUUCGUUAUGACCUGGCUGCUGGGGUUCGUGGACCCCACAGAGCCCAGCUUUGUGGCUGCCGUGUUCACCAUUGUGUUUAGUCCACUCUUCUGGAAUGUGGUAGCAAGGUGGGAGCAGAGAACUCGCAAGUUGAGCAGGGCCUUCGGUUCCCCCUACCUAGCCUGCUAUUUCCUGGGCAGCAUCAUCCUGCUUCUGAACGUCCUCCGCUCCCACUGCUUCACACAGGCCAUGAUGAGCCAGCCUAAGAUGGAGGGCCUGGAGAACCACACUACCUACUUCCUGGGCCUUGCACUCCUGGGUGGGGGCAUCGUAUUUGUGCUGUCCAGUUUCUUUGCACUGGGGUUCACUGGGACCUUUCUAGGUGACUACUUUGGGAUCCUCAAAGAGGCCAGAGUGACCACAUUUCCCUUCAACGUGCUAGACAACCCCAUGUACUGGGGGAGCACAGCCAACUACCUGGGCUGGGCACUUAUGCACGCCAGUCCCACAGGCCUGCUGCUAACGGUGCUGGUGGCGCUCGUCUACGUGGUGGCUCUCCUGUAUGAGGACUCCUUUCCUGGCCACAACUUUUCGGCCUCCCAGCGUGCCCGCGGGGCUCUCUGCUUCCCUCUGGUGGCAGAAGCGCAAAGCGCGGACCUUAGUGCAGGAAACCCCAAAACACCGAACACAAUGCCCGGAAAGCUGGCACGGACCCGGGGACCUAAGGGGCUGGCGCUGGGGCAAGUGCCUAACAAACAUGUUGUUAUCACCGAAUCAUAUUUUCUGGGAAACCGAGGCCCAAGGAAAUUGAGUGUCCGCACAUUGGUGUUGAGAGAAUGGGGAUCCCAGAGGUCAGAGAGUCACCCGCACAGCCAGGACCCCUGCGGCCGAAGCUGGGUAGCGCCAGAUCCUCUCAUUGCGGUAGUUCGGAGUUAGUUUUCCUUGC